AAACACACACAGCGAGCUCAGGCGCACUGGCGUAGGUCAUGUAUGACUGCUGUCAUUGGGAAGACGUUUAAUAACUUACAACAUAUAAUAAACAGCUAUGAUGUGUCUGGGUGAUAUAACAAUAACCAAUGACAUCGUGUGCUGAAACGUUAACUGACAAGGCUGAGGAAAUCUUUGUCAUUCCCUUCAAGACUGCGUUUUUUUUUAUGAUCCAGCUCAUGAUGGCGCGCCAUAGCAAGCUCCAGAAACAGGUCUUAUCCCUGUAUCGGCAGUUUCUGCGUGCAGCUCAGGACAAGCCGGGCUUCAUACCGAGAAUACGUGAUGAAUUCCGUGCCAGUGCUGCCAUCAAGAAGUCUGACGUCAUGCACAUAGAAUAUCUUUAUCGACGAGGCCAACGCCAACUCGAACUGCUUAAAGAUGUAAACACUAAACAACUUGGAUCGUUCAGCAAGUCUAGAGAGGACAGUUCAUAGCAACCUAUAUAAUCAUAUACUGUAUUAAAAUGUUUUACAGAAUGUGACUUACAAUUACAUCUUGUUUUCUGGGAAA